ACAAGGGAACUCUAUUGCUUACAUCGAUAAAGAUACAUGGAAGUCAUACCAUUUGGUUGAGAAACUAAAUCUCAGUGGAAAUAAAUUGCAAGAAAUACAUAAGGAAUCAUUUGCAGGCCUAUUAUCUCUCCAGUAUUUAGAUGUAUCCUGCAAUGAAAUAAAAUUUAUACAAAGGAAUUCGUUUGAACCAUUGCCUUUUUUGAAAUAUUUAAAUCUUGGUUGCAACUUAAUCGCAAAAGUGAGCUUUGGAACAUUUCAGGCCUGGCAUGGAAUGCAGUUUUUACACAAGUUUGGCUUCACCAUUUUGCAUUCCCACCAACAAUGUGUGACGAUUCCAGUUCCUCCACAUCCUUGCCAGCCUUUGUUACUGUCUGGUUACAGCCAUCUUAGCAAAUAUAAAUGGAAAAAUAUUUUCAGAAUUCUCAAUGCUAAUCCUCUGACAACUGUUCAAGAUCCAUAUCUUUUUAACUUGCCAGCUUUGAAGUAUUUAGACUUGGGAGCAACACAAGUAUCCCAUACAACAGUUGAUAAGAUCCUCACGGUGUCCCUAAGAUUGGAAAAACUGAUCUUACCUAAACAUUUGGCCUGCUGCCUCUGCCAAUUUAAAAUCCAUAUUGAGGCUAUCACCGAGACAGUCAAACUGCAUUGUGAGACUGAUUGUCUGGCAAACACACCUUGUGAGGAAAAAUCACUAAUGGAAGGACCACUCAUGAAGGUCAUAAGUGCCCGGAAGAAGACCAGCGCCGAGCUGACUAUCCAGCCGGAAGCGACACAUGGAAUGGAAAAUAUCGAGCGUUCAGGAGCCCUCAUAAAGCUCCUGAUGAAGAUGCUCAAGGGACAGCAAGAAGUAAAGGUUUCCAAGACAGAUUGGGAUACGCAACAAUGGGAUACUGAACAAAUGAAUGAGAGGACAGAAGGCCACUCUGGGCAGGAACUGCAGGAGCCCAGUGAGUUCAUAACAGAAGACCAAGAGCAAGAGAAUAUCAACAAACUCCUCAUAGCAUCACCUGUGAUUGCAGUAGCAGCGUUCUUUUUUGUAAUCUUCUGUUUCUUUUUGGUGUGUACAGGAAGAAGAACAAGGAGUCGGGAAGGCUCACUGGAUCAGAUGGAAGAGAGCGGUUUAUGGAGGAGGCUAAUGCUUUGGCUGAAGAGUAUGUUUGAACGUCUCGCUGCCUCCAUUGGCAAGAAUGUGCAGGAGGGGUCUAUUGCCAAAAGGAUCUUACCUAAACAUUUGGCCUGCUGCCUCUGCCAAUUUAAAAUCCAUAUUGAAGCUAUCACCGAGACAGUCAAACUGAAUUGUGAGAAUCAAUGUCUGGCAAAUGCAGCUUGUGAUGAAAAACUACUAAUAGAAGGACCGUUUAUGAAGGUCAUAAAUGGCCGGAGGAACAACAAUACCGAGUUGGUUAUCCAGCCAGAGGUGGCACAAGCAAUGGAAAAUGUCGAUCGUUCAGGAAACUUCAUAAACCUCCUGAUGAAGCUGCUCCGUGAGCAGCAAGAAGUAAAGGUUUCCAAGUCAGAGUGGGAUACGCCACAGUGGGAUACUGAACAAAUGAAUGAGAGGACAGAAGGCCAGGGUGAGCAGGAACUGCAGGAGCCCAGUGAGCUCACAAAAGAAGAGCCGGGACCUGACCAUAUCAACAAACUCCUCAUAGCAUCACCUGUGAUUGCAGUAGCAGCGUUCUUUUUUGUAAUCUUCUGUUUCUUUUUGGCAAGAAGUUUAUGGAAGAGGCUGCUGUUUUCGCUGAAGAGUAUGUUUGAACAUCUUGCUGCCUACAUAGGGAAGAGUGUGCAGGACUCUUCUGAAGAAUCUUCUUACAAAAGUGAAGGCUCUGUAUCGGUCACCGCCACAACCAGGACUUAUGCAGAAGAAACACCUUUGGAAGGGGGACAGGAAAAUGAGGCAUGA